AUGGCCACAGAAACAAUCCUUGAAGAGGAGGACGAUGCCUGGUCAUAUAGCUUCCCGCCUUCAACCGAAUCAUUGACUGACGUCACCAAUCAACAACCGCAAUUAUACAAAUCAAAUACUCAGAGGGAUGUCUCACCAACAAGACCACAAAUAAUCAAAAACGGAUCAGCAGUCUUGAUUGAACCCCAUGGUAAAUUGAAACAAGUAGAUCAAGUAGUCUGCCAAGAUUCUGGAAGACUACGAUCUACAAUCUCAUUACAAUCUAAUGCAUUGGCAAAAGCAGCACCGCUUGAUCCGUUGACCACCAAGGAAGAUGCCAAUUCAAUAAUAUCAAAGGAAGGAGCCACACAAGGAAAUGAGGAAGAUCCUGCUGGCCUCGCUUCCCCUCCCAGAUUCCUAAAGGAACUACAGGAAUUGGACCAGAUCACUACUAAUGUCGCCAACAAUGUUCCUCUGAGUGCCAAGUCUUUAGAAUCUAAGAAGGAAAACACCUUACCCACACCAUCUCCCAAGAUCAUCGCUUAUAGGAAAUCCAAAAGAACAAUAAGCGAAGGAAACUUCGAUCUGGUUAUAGAAUCACCACCGGCCACGCCAACCACUCCUAAAUACGAUACCAGGCUUUACGUUGAUGAAACUUUCCGCGACACUAGUUAUAGGUAUGCCAGUUUGAAGCGGAAUGUUGAUUUUCACCUGUUGUUUAUAAGAUUGGACUUGACUGAUCGAUUAUUAGACGAUUAUGCGUGUGCCUUAAGUCGAGAGAUUCUUUUGCAGGGAAGAAUUUACAUUAGUGAAAGCUAUAUUUGUUUCAAUUCAAACUUGCUUGGUUGGGUGACUUCACUUGUGUUGACUAUGGAUGAAAUUGUCGGGUUUGAAAAGAGAAGCACUGCUGGGUUGUUUCCUAACGGGAUUGGGAUCGAAACUAACGAUGCAAAGCAUGUAUUUGCCAGUUUUAUAUCGAGGGAUGCAACAUUUGAAUUAAUGACCACUGUAUGGCUGAAAGCAACUGGGAGAAAGAAUAAGCUAGAAAGCGAAAAGUCUCAGCUGCAAGAUCAAGAUCAAUGCAAGAACGACGGUGAUCAGUCGAGCAUUAGAAGUUGUGAUUCUCAUGCAUCUUCGAAGAUUGAAUCAUACAUAAUGACAAUUGAUGGUGAUGACGAGCCUCGGCUGAAAUCUCGCCUUACCGAAGAACAAAUUCUUUCAUCCGAUUUUGAAAGCAGCGACGAAGAAGAGGAAGCUGGGGAUGAAUCUCUGGUUGCUCUGUCUAAAAAGCAAAAGGUCAUUGGAGGAACAAAGAUAUUGAAACUUAAACCAGACUCUCCGUACGAAAAUAAUGGCCCAGAUAGUCACCUUCCAACAUUGGCAUCAUUUGAAAAGUAUCCCACCGAAGUAGAAAUCCUUGAUGAAGUAAUUGACGCUCCCUUAGGAAUAGUAUUUUCCAUAUUAUUUGGCACCAAUACAAAAUUCCAAGUUUCAUUCCUUGAAUCUCAUGAUGGAUCAGAAAUAUCCCCAUUUGACAAAUUCACACCUUCGGAACAAGAUCCAUCCAUUUUAGAACGAAAAUACACUUAUCGACGUGCAUUAGGAUACUCCAUAGGACCAAAGUCUACUCGAUGCGAAGCAAUUGAAACCAUUGAACAUUUAGAUCUUGCUGAUUACGUAAUUGUUUUAGUAACUACCACCACUCCGGAUGUUCCCCUGGGUGGAUCUUUCAAAGUUAAGACCAGAUAUGCUUUUUCGUGGGCUGCUGAUAAUAAAACUAGCGUAAUGAUAUCGGUCUAUAUUGAGUGGACGGGUAAAUCCUGGGUCAAGGGAAUCAUUGAAAAACUGUCAAUUUCUGGUCUGACAUCAACCAUUAAAGAGAUGCUUGAGGAAUUGAGAAAAGAAAUCCAAGAACAGACAUACACUGUGGAAGGACCACCAGUAAUCAAGGCAGUUACUCCCAAGAAACCUAAGAAGAUUAAGACAAUUGAACCGAAGGUUUCCAUUGCUAAGUUUUCCACUAAUGAAUUCUUCAAGAACAAUAUUGUUACUGUAUGUUAUCUUAUCCUUUCAUUCUUGAUCCUUCUUUUAGUGUUGCAAUUGCGUUUGUUUGUGAUUGUUAAUGAAACAAAUGAAAUUUCAAGGGCACAAUUAAUGCUCAAUUCCCAAUUGACAUAUGCAUUACUGAGAUUACAACAGGAUAAGAAUCGCGACGGUUCCAUUGAUAAGCAAAUCAGGGAAAUGAGCAAUGACGAAAAGAAUCCACUUUGGGAAUGGACAGUUAAGAAGUUUGGCAAACAGUUGAGUCCCAUUGAGAAGGUUGAAUUCUUGACUUAUCAAUUACAAAAUGUAUAUAAAGAUGAUGGCAGUGCCAGCCAAGAUUACAGUUUUAAUGAUAUCAAGCAAAAGAUUCGAAAUUUUGAAUAUCCUGAAUUUCUUAAUAUUGAAAACUUACGCAGAAAUAUCCAAGAUUUAUUAUAA